AACUACAGAAAUAACACAACAUUAUAUGACCAAAAAAAAGUCUUAAAAAGAUGUGUAUUUUUAGAUUAGCAGAACUAAUCCUCCAUUAACUAGGAAUGUAAAAAUGCACAUGCACAUGUGCAUGUGUGCUUCAACUCAAGACAUAGACCAGACAUGAAAAAUUUUAGGUGAAACAUUUUAGCUGCCAAAAUGAUCAGUUGAAAACAUAAGAACAUAAGAGGGUAUGACUAGGGAAAAAAGCAACAGUCAUACAUGUGGCAUAAAUGCUCGCUUAGAAUUUGUAAUUUUUCAUUCUGUUACAGUGUGCCAGAGUUUGAUACUCCCAGUGUGGAAUAUGACAUCCAAGACAAAGCAGAUAAAACAAGAUACCAUGCGUGCUGGGAAAAACAAGCAAGAAGCAAGAACCAAGAAUGGAGAUAUAUCCAAAGGAAUAAGUGACAUGGAAACACUUGUCAAAGAGAGGAAAUUGUACUUGCAGAAGGAAUACAAGAUUCUCACUGAACAUAUGAACACAUACAUGGGAAGACUGGAGCAUUUCCUGCAGGAGAACAAAUUUCUAGAAAAGGAAGCCCAACGGAAUCAGGAAGAGAGCAAUGCUUACCUCUCUUAUAUAACAAAACACAACCAGAAGUGCCAGAAUCUGAUAAUAACACUAAAUGACCAGAAUCACACUGAUCUGUCUCAAGUUCGGAUGCAGAAAGAGAAGGUAAUCUCACAGUAUACAGAAAAAGAGAAGGAGGUAAGGAGCGCUCUGAUGAAUAUGGAGACAAAGUAUUCUCUUAUGAAAAAGGAGGUUGAAGACCUGCAGCCUUUCAAAGAUCCAUCUGUUCAGCUGGAACAGAUGAAAAAGAUUAAAGAGCUGGAGAAGGAAUUGUUGGUCACAAAGAUACAGCAUUCAGAUGAAAUGCAGAAAAUCAAGAGCAAAUUUCUGCAGGCCAAGGCUGACUGUGAGAUGGACUUUCAUCAGAAGAUCCAAGUUCUCACCAACAGAGCAGAAGAAGCAGCAAUACAAUCUCUAAUUCAGCAUAUCAAACAAGUAAAAGCAGAGAAUUGGCAUCUGCGCCAGGAAUUGCUCAGACUCAUCCAAUACUCAAAAAUCCUUAAAGAAACCAAAGUUCAACUGAGAGAGCAGCAGCAGCAGCUUCUUCGGGAGAACAAAUACACUCAGGACAUGGCACACAUGCGCCACUGGUUACACCAGCAUGAGGCACACAACACAAAUGGCGAAACCUACAGCUCUCACAGCCCGUUCAGAUGUGUCCAUUAACCUAAAAAAACACUUCUCCACUCCUUGCUCAUGCCAAUAUAUCAGUAGACAUAGCUGGACUGUCAGCUGUUGCCACUAUUAGUUAGUUAACAGAGUAUACAGAAGUAAGCGUUCUGCAGGUGGAUGAAAGGAUUGAUUUACAUAGCUCAUGCUCAGCAUGCAAUCCAGACCACAGAUCUUAAAAGUAACCUCAGCUUUAGCUUUCAUGACAUCUGUAUUAAGACAUUUGAAACUGCAAUUCUUUCACAUCCCAAAAUAAACAAUGACAUUUUCUCUUUGAGAUCAGACUUUGAUGUUUCAUUAAUUAGUAAUUUACCAUGGGCAAAUUAUAUUCUUAGACAUAGUGAGGCAAUCUCUAUGUUACUUUUCACUACAAAGUACAUCUACUGAUACCAUAGUAUGAACCAAUGUCAGCCAGCUCUUCCUUUCAGCAACAUUCAUUUUCCCAAAUCUUCUACGUGGCAAGGACUUUAUUUUACCUUCUCCUAGUCUCCAAAGGAGAGAAAAUAAAUAUGCAAGCAACCAAAUCCUU